AAAAUGGGAAUCAAUAUUACACGUUUGACAUCGUCAAGUACAACCAUGUCCUCCUUUGCUUUCCUUUUGCUUUGCGUCCAAGCUUGCUUGGUACAGAAUGUAUUCAGUCAGUGCCUUGGUGCAGGACCAAUCGGCUAUGGUCCAGGAAUUGCCAACGCAGCUGCCUUAGCUCCAGGUUUCGGGCCGUACGGCUAUGGCGCUGGCCUGGCUGCUGCACCAUUCGGUGUAGCGCCAAUGGCUGUUGAGCUCGGCGGGCUGGGAGCAGGUUUGGCUCCGGCCGCUAUAGAACUCGGCGCGUAUGGCGGAGCUGGCGUCGGUGACGUUGCGGUCGCUGGUGAGAUGCCAGUUGCUGGCACCACCCUCGUCGCUGGACAGGUGCCAAUCCUCGGAGCUGUGCGCUUCGCUGGUGAUUUACCAGCCGCUGGCACUGUCACCAUCUCUGGCAGAUGCGGAUGCGGAUGCAACCGUGGUCCUUACUACUACUAGUCAAAAGCGUAUUACUUUAUUGUUGUUUAUUAAUAAAUAUUAUUGUAAGAAACUUUGUCGCAAUGGUUUACGGUUAGGUAAGUACUUGCUCACAAACUCAAAUAAAAUAUUUUAUAAUAUU